UUUCUAUAUAUGAAAUUAGGAUAGUUACAAGGUAAAACGGAGUAUCGAUUUAAAUGACAUAUACCAUUACACCGGACAUCAGAACAAAUUGCCGGAAAAAGUUAUUCCUAGUAGUUAUCAUUUGAAAAUCGAACCGUUUAUCGAUAAAGGUACGUUCAAGGGUCAGGUUAAGAUAAAUUUAACCUGUAUGGAUACACUAGAUAGAAUAACUGUCAAUGCUCAUCCGGAUCUUCAAAUAUCCAAUGACGUGAAAGUCAGAGAAUUGGGAUCGGAAAAAACGGUCGAGGAUGGUCCAAUUCCAAUGGAAUUAAACGUCGCCAAAAUUGAAUUGCCAACGUUGAAAAAAUUUUGGCUAAUCAUACACUUGGAACAAAUAUUGAAAAUAGGCGACAGAAUUGAAUUGGAUAUCAAUUAUAUCGGUAAUCUAACGACCAAUAAAACUUCCGGCUUGUUCACGAACGAAUACGUCGACUCCGAUGGAAAAACGCACCAAUUUGUCGCAACUUAUCUACGUAUGAAUCAUGCUCAAGAAAUGUUUCCAUGCUUGGUCGAUCCACAAUACAAGGCUAAAUUUAAACUGAGCGUUAAACACCCGAAAAAUCUCAAUCCCACGUCUAAUACGCAAUUGGAAAGAAUUACGAGUAUACCCGAAGAACCUGAUACGAUUUGGAGUCAUUUCGUUGAAACACCCGAAAUAUCAACCUAUCAGCUAGCACUUGUCGUGUCAGAUUUUGAUAAUAUCGUACCUAACUUAGAAAUUGACGAGAUCAAUGGAUCUAAACUCGAUAUUAAAAUAUGGGCUAGAAAAGAUUAUUUAGAAACAUUGAAAGACGUACCGGACAAAGUAGUUCGUAUUAUGAACUAUUUGCAAAAUUAUUUCAAUUGUUCCAUAGGUUUAAACAAACUCGACAUAAUGGCCAUACCUAUGUUCAAUGCUGUCAAAGCAUCUGACAGUUGGGGUCUCAUGUUUUUCAAAGAAAGCGAAUUAAGAAGCUCAUUGAUUUGGAAUACCGCAUAUGAAUUAAUUUAUCAAUGGAUAGGACAAUACAUAACACCUUAUUCUUGGAACGAUGCACCUGUCAGUAAAACACUUAAUUCAUUUCUCGCAUCGUUGACUACCGUAGACAUCAAUCCCGAUGAAAUGGAAGGAAAAUGGCCGAUGACUAUACUUUAUUCUCUUUACUAUGAAUUUGGAAAGACCGUGCCAUUUUCAAGAGUGGCUGGUAUCAGGUAUGAAGCAAUAGCGGCCAAAGCCGAAUUGGUAUUUCGAAUGUUCAAUUACACGUUAGGAAAGGAUGUAUUUCGCGAAGGAGUGAGAAACUUCAUACAACAACAACGUGACGAAAAGGUACCUAGAGUAUUCGUAGCCGAGGAUAUUUACAAUCAUUUGUACACGGCAACAACAGCUGAAACGAAUAAUCUACCACAAGGACUUAACGUUUUUAGCAUAUCUACUGCUUGGAUCAGUUACGAUAGAUUACCAUUGGUCACGGUUAUUCGCGAUUACGAAAGUGGGGAAAUUAUUCUUAGCCAGAAAGUUUACAUGAGAGAACCACCACCACCAUCCAAUAACAAAGCACCUGCUCAAUGGGACAUACCGAUUAUUAUAUUAUCAGAAACCGAAUUGGAUCAUUGUGUGAAUUCUUUUGAAACUAAACCUUACGUAUGGUUGACCAAAGGAAACGAAUUGAAAAAUACUACUGUCAAGGAUAUCGCCACUAGAGAUUAUUUUAUUAUAGUUAAUCCCGAAGAAAUAGGAAUGUUCCCGGUUAAUUACGAUCACUGCAAUUGGAAAAUGUUAUCACAAUUUUUGCAAGGACCACAACGUACAAAUAUUCCAGUAUUGACUAGGGCAAAGUUACUCCACGAUUCCUGGAAUUUGGCAUACGCUGGUGAACUAUGUUUUGGAAUAGCAUUGAACAUGACACUGUUCUUAAAAGAAGAAAGGAGUCACGUUGUUUGGGAACCUGUAUUUACUAUGAUCGAUCAUAUUGGUAAACGUAUCGAAGGAUCUGACGUAUAUGACAAAUUUGAGGUUUACAUUCGUAGCCUAAUAAAACCACUUUACGACGAAUUGGGUGACAAACCAGAACCAAACGAACCAUCAUGGAAGGUUCACAUACGUGGUUUAGCUAAAAACUUUUUAUACCGUGCUGGUUACGGACCAUGCAUCAUAGAAGCAAAAGAACAAUUUAACAAAUGGUUGAUGGAACCAGAACCUGAUAAAGGAAAUCCGGUAGCCAACGAAUACAUUUGUCCCGUAUUCAAAUGGGGUACCAACGAGGAAUGGGAAUUUGGUUUACAAAGGGUUAUUAAUUUCCCAUUAAACAGUCCUGAAAGAAAACAAAACGAACGUACCUAUCUUUUGAAAACUUUAGCUGGCUGUCCUCAAGAUACAUACAAAAUUCAAAGGCUUUUAAACGUAACGAUACUCGAUCAAAAUGAUAAUUUCACCGAUUCCGAUAUUCACUUGAUAUUCAACAUGUUAACCAGUGGUGUAGCUGGAUACACAACGUUAUUCGAAUUCUUAACUGAACAUUGGGAUACGGUUAAACAAAGAUUCGAAAAUAAAAAUCAUUUGUGGGAUGGUAUUAUUAAAUCGGCAACGUCCUCGUUUAAAACACAACAGGGAUACGACAUGGUCUCGGAAUUGUAUCAAAAUCGUAACGGUCAAUUUGAAUCGGCCAAUAGCAUCGUACAAGAAGCAUUGGAAAAUAUCAAAUUGGAAAUUAAUUGGCGGAAAGACAAUUUUCCGGUAAUCGAAGCGUGGCUGGAUGAAAAUCUUUUGAAAAAUUAAUCCCCAUAUAACGCUGAUGAAACAAUUCCCGUUACUACUACUACUACCACCAUAACAACUACGACAAACCAUAACAAACAUUUAUUAUUUUCCCUGACUUUUACGAACAUUUCCAAUCCCAUGUGUAAACUAUUAACAAUUUUCAUUUUCAUUA